UUGUCUGAGUAGCUGUGUAAUCUCGCGAGAUUGCCUAGGUACUACUAAUCGAGGGGGCUAUAUGUGUGAGCUUGCGAACAUACUGUACUUGAAAUAAAUUGAAAAUAAACAAUAUGAAAAUAAAAAGUGAGAGAUAAAACCAAAUAAUUGAUUCUGCCCUUAGACUUCAUGAACUGUGUGUUAUUGUGCAGACACUUCUAACUCCGUACCAGCAGAGGGAGCUGCGCGGCUGCUGCCCGUUGGGGGUGACGUCACUUCCUGGCGGGGUUUCCUUCUCAAACUAACUGAUGUAAACAAAACCAGCGUCCAAGAAGUAACUGGGAGCAAAGCUGUUCACAUAUUUCACAAAGCAGUUUUAAAGCAUUCGACACAUUAUUAGGAAGGAUUAACUUAUCCUUAAAUAAAUAUUUUGGAAUUAGCGACUACGUUAACGAAAUCGGGCAAGCGUGAGGAUUUGGGAACCUCGAACACACACCAUGGAGGCUGGUCCUGCUCCUAACGGCUCCACUGGACAGAAGAAUAUGUCACCCGUGGACAUGCUGAGAAUAAAGCAGCAGAUGUCCAACCAGUGCUUUGAGAUGGCUGUACAGCUCAAUGCAGGAAAGAAUAAGAGGUCAUGCAGCACAUCUGAAGCGGAGAGAGAUUUACCAGAUUAUGUCACUGAGCUGGAAGAAGUCAAGACCAAUUAUUUUAACAGCACACUGGCACUGCACAGAAUGCAGAUGUGGCAUGCCAUUGGAGAAAAGCUGAAACAAAAUGAUGCAGAAGCUGAUGCACUGAAAGCUGUGAGCAAUCGCUGCAUGGGCAUGUGUUCACAUAUCCAACAAAUUCAGAAAGAGUCGAGAGAUCUUCAAAACGAAAUAACAGAUGUACAGAAGAAGAGACUUGAGAUGAAACGUCUCACACAUGAGAAAAUGAAAGAGAUCGAGGAGUUGAUGUCUAAGAAAGAGCAUCCAGACAUAGAGAAGUACAAAGCAGUGCUGGAGAAAGGUCUGGCCAACAUGGAGAAAUAUAAAAAGAUAACCAUCAUGACACAGAACGUCCUCAGGGGAAUCCUCUUGGCCUGUAAAGUCCACUGGCUGGACGAUCCAAAACUUCGAGAUCUCGUCAUGACACUGGAGGAGUUUCCUGUCUUGGACUAAUUCACUCAUAUUUAUGUUUGCGUUUUCUUUUAACUAUCUCAUUUUAAAUAAAAUCUAAAUCCAC